CAAGAAUAAUUAACCAGCGCUGCAACUUUCUGAGGCAACUUCCAUUGAAUAAACGAAGAGUUCCAGGAUGGAUAGCAAGUCUUACUUGGUUCAGAUGAACGGGAAUGGAGUCCACAGCAAAAACAGUGUCAAUGCUAAAACCCUUAAUGGGAGCGGAGUGAAUGGGAAGGUGGUUCACGGGAACAGCAUCCUCCAUGUCAAUGUGAAUGGCACUCUGUAUCCGACCAAAGCCAAGAGCCGCAGGCAAAGAUGGUCAGUGAAGCCAUCAGAGAUGUCCAACAACACACUCAACCCCAUCAGGGCCAUCGUGGACGGGAUGAAGCUCACCCCCAAUCCAGACAAACCCAUGAUCGCUCUCUCCAUUGGGGAUCCUACUGUGUUUGGAAACUUGCCCACUGAUGAUUCCGUGCUUCAAGCCAUGAAAGAUGCCAUAGACUCUCAAAAAUACAACGGCUAUGCUCCUUCAGUUGGUUAUCAGAAGAGCCGGCAAGCAGUAGCCAACUUCUACAGCUGCACUGAGGCGCCACUGGAGGCAGAGGAUGUGAUUUUGACCAGCGGCUGCAGCCAGGCCAUUGACCUGGCUAUCAGUGUCCUGUGUAACCCAGGGGACAACAUCCUGGUCCCGUGCCCAGGCUUCUCAUUAUAUAAAACUCUGGCUGUCUCCAUGGGCAUUGAGGUCAAACUCUACAACCUGCUGCCUGAGAAGUCAUGGGAGGUUGAUCUGCAACACCUGGAGAGCCUGAUUGAUGAGAGGACUUCCUGUAUGAUUGUUACUAAUCCAUCCAACCCGUGUGGCUCCGUCUUUAGCAAGGAACACCUGCAGAAGAUCCUCAAAGUGGCUUCCAAACACUGCCUUCCCAUUCUUGCUGACGAGAUCUACAGCGAUAUGGUUUUCCCAGGUGUUGACUCUCCUUCGAUGGCGACUCUCAGCAGUGAUGUUCCCAUCCUUUCCUGCGGCGGGUUAGCUAAACGCUGGCUGGUACCUGGCUGGAGGAUGGGAUGGAUCCUCAUCCAUGAUAGGAAUGAUGUAUUUGGAACCGAGAUUCGACGGGGUCUGGUAAAACUGACCCAGCGUAUUCUUGGAGCCUGCAGCAUUGUUCAGGGAGCCCUGGAGAGUAUCCUCAACAACACACCUCAGAGCUUCUACCAAGAAACCAUCAGUUUUCUCAAGUCUAACUCAGAGCUUUGUUUCAACGAGCUGUCCAUCGUCCCCGGCCUGACCCCUGUGAUGCCUUCAGGAGCCAUGUACCUCAUGGUGGGAAUCGACAUGGACCACUUUCCAGAUUUUAAAAAUGAUGUGGACUUCACUGAAAAACUUGUGACCGAGCAGUCUGUCUUCUGUCUGCCUGCUUCGGCGUUUGAGUAUCCAAACUACUUCCGCGUUGUGGUGACGGUGCCUGAGGAGUUGAUGAUAGAGGCUUGUGGUCGCAUUACUGAGUUUUGCCAGCGGCACUAUCGACCCCGCAGCCGUGACAGCAAUGACCUGGACCAGUGAUAUAGCAGGACCAGUCUGAUGGCAUGAGCCUUGUAUAGACCAAAGUGUGUGGAUAAACUGUCUUCAUGUGAUUUAUACUGAGCUGGAAUCAGCUUUGAAAUGUAUACCACCUUGUAGUAAAGAUAAAGAUGUAGACAUGUCAAAACUGUGUUAAUAUUGUCACCACUGUGGCAACAAAAAGCUAAGAAGAAGCGUUUGAUGGUCCAUUGAUGGUGUAAGUUUUUAUGUAAACCGUAUGAAAUGAGGAGACCUAAUAUUUAUAUUUUAUACAAGCAGCCUAUAUUAGCCUAUACGUGUUUGUGUAUUUAUAUAAGUUGUGUAACGCUUUCUAUGUCAAUGCAAUGUAACCUCUUUGAUAGCGACUUGGAUAGGUUCAUAGCCCGUGCAUACUGUACAAUAUGCCUUGCUUUUAUAUAUGUUAUGUAUGAAUAAUCUUGGGCCUAGUUUGCUUGUGCUAGAAAACUGCUCUUUAUGUAUUGUUAGUUUGCAUAAACAUGCUCUUUAUCUCAGCAUACUCUGUAUAUUGUUUAAGUGUGAGUCGUACACUUAUGUAUAAAGAUAUUUUUACAGAUGGAAAUUUUAUGUAGUUUUGUUUAAAGAAACCUAAUAAAAAAAUCUUAAAAUGA